UUGUUUUUGUUUUUGCCGUUAUUGCCUGUAAGGAGGUGUCUGCACCUGUCAAUUGGCGGAUCUCACCUGCGUAACUUUCUACCUCACUAGCGUACCCCACUUGCUCCCGAUACACGUCUUUCCGCGACGCGUCUCUAUCGACGCGUCUUUCUCCCUAUCACCCGGAAGCUUGGCGGCACCAAACAUUGAUUGAUAUUCUUGUCCUUGGGAUUUCAUUGACCUCGCAAAACCCUUAUGACAGCUUUAUUCCCAACGACCAUCCUUCCAACGUCACUACUAUGCCGGUCUAGCGGUAUUGGAAGCGGGAUUCGCAAGUCACCAAACCACUAUGGAGCCGUCGAAUACGGCUUCUCGGAUAGAACAAAAGUAAGUUUGAUAACGUCCUAUUACUCGAGCUCGUCUCACAGAAGCUAUGGAGCCUCUGUAAAAACUCUCCUGCCGCGGCCACUCCGAACUUACAGCAAGCGUGCUCCGCCAGCUGAUUCCCCCGAGCCAGCUCCAAAACGACAACGCAUUGGAGCUUCAAGCCCAAUUUUGUCGACCCAAGAGGCCAUACCAGAACCCAUCAGCGACGUCAAGAUUCCCGAGCUUUCUCCCCCCGACCUGCCCCCUCUACUGCCGAUAAAGAAAGGGACAAUCACUAGUUACUUCAAGGUCAUUCCUUCUGCGCCAAGCAGCACCUUAAAUUCGGAGCUCUCGUCUGAUGCUGUCGAGCCGAAGACUACGCCCCCGUCGUCCCCGCCCGCUCUCGGUGUCCGGCGGAAAACACGGCGAAGACUUACCACGCGAAUAGUAACAUGUAGCGCGUCGGAGGAUCCUCAAGCAGAGGUCGAGGAUGAGGGAGAGGGGGGAAAUGGGCGAUCGGAUCCAACAGAAGACGAGCCUGUUCCGCCGAUAAUACAAACAGGCACUCCAGUACUACCCAGUCCAGAUAAUCUCAGCCGGAUACCAGCGAAACGGAAGACCCGAUCGGAUGCUGGCAAGCGUGGGCGGAACACUGGGAAGGGCACCAAACCGGUUCGAAUUCAGACGACCCUAAGUCUUUCCGCUGAGGAGAAAGCUUUUACGGAAUGCAAAGAAUGCAAUAUGCUAUACAAUCCGCUUCACCGGCAGGACGCGAAAUGCCACGCUCGGCGCCACGCGGCAAUGUUGAAAGCGAAGUCGAGUACUCGAGUUAUUAAAACGGCGAAUUGAACGGUUGCGUCUGCGGCCCCUCUACACAUCCCAUGCGGCUUCCCUUUCCCACCUAUCGUCCACUCCGGGCCUUCAGAGCAUCCUCGAGCGGCAUGUAGGAGCACAUCAAUUUACG